CUAACAAGAACAAUGCCAACGGCCAACAACCCCCCACGACGCAAUCGAACAACUCGGUGUGGCCGCAGGCCGGGUCAAAACCGGCCGUGGCCGGCACUAAUGGGCCGCCAACUUCGGCGGCCCCGGCCUCCAACAACAACACCCCGAACAAUACCACGCCGAACAACGCCACCAACACCACCAAACAACAGCUCGAGCAACUGAACAAUAUGCGCGAGGCCAUAUUCAGCCAGGACGGAUGGGGUGGCCAACACGUGAACCAAGACACGAACUGGGACAUCCCCGCUAGUCCCGAACCUUCCAUGAAGAUGGAAGGCGCCGGCCCUCCCACCUGGAAGCCGGCCGUGAACAACGGCACCGACCUGUGGGAGGCCAACCUGCGCAACGGUGGUCAACCGCCUCCGCCGCCUCAGCAAAAGACACCCUGGGGCCACACGCCCGCCUCCAACAUUGGGGGCACGUGGGGAGAGGACGACGACGCCACUGAUAGCUCGAACGUGUGGACGGGAGUGCCUAAUAACCAGCAACAGUGGGGAGGCAACAAUAGCAACAAUGCUAUGUGGGGAGCUGGUGGUAACGCUUCCGGAUGGGGCGAUCCACGUGCCGCAGCUGAUCCUAGAGCUACAGCAGCUGCGGCGGCCGCGGUUACGAUGGACACCCUGCGCCCUGAUAUGAGAGCAGUAGCUGCAGCUUCUGGCCUCGACCCGAGACAGCUGGACCCUCGCGAACAGAUCCGCCAGAUACCCGGAGGAGACAUGCGAGGCGAUCCCAGAGCACAGAAAAAACUCACUGGUGCAAGGAAUCAGCAACAAUCAAGACUUAAUCAAUGGAUUAGCAAAGACAAAGAAGAGAACAGCGAAUUUAGCAGGGCGCCUGGUUCCUCUUCUAAGCCAGUAGCUACCUCGCCCAAUAUGGCUCCACUUGGAUUAACUCAAUCGGACGGUCCAUGGUCAAGUGGACGCUCCGGUGAUACGGGUUGGCCAGAUUCCAGCGGUGGUGAUACUUCGAAUGACGUAAAAGACGCACAGUGGGCAACGACUGCUCAACCUUCCCUGACUGAUUUAGUACCUGAAUUUGAACCUGGAAAGCCCUGGAAAGGCAAUCAAAUAAAGUCUAUUGAAGAUGACCCUACUAUUACGCCCGGAUCUGUAGUGCGUUCACCGUUGUCAAUCGCUACUAUCAAAGAGAACGAACUUUUCAGUAUUAACGCGAACAAGAGUCCUCCAGCUACCGACGCGAUGCAACCGCUCAGCUCAACCACGUGGAGCUUCAACCCGCCUACCACUAAUGCUUUCACAAGCUCAAAAAAUCCGAUGCAAAGGUUACUGAGGCUACCAAGAGGCAGGGUUCUCAAGGCGAAUCACCAAAAACCAAGAGAACCAAAGUUUCUGGAGCAAAACACACCAGUCAGCCGUCGACUAGUCGAGAGGGCUAACCCAAGAACGGUGGGGGGAUUUUUCUGGACGGCAUCGUUGCCAGGAUUAGGCGACGAUGGAGAGGGAGAUCUGACUCAUUCCGAACCAACGAAAUUCCCAGAGACUGAGGGCUCACAUCUGGUUGCUUAA